ACCCGAAUGUAACCAAAGCACGUUUCCUCGCAAUCAGCAGGACUUGUUUGCCUUUCGGUCUGUGGUUAGAUUAGUCUCAGCCAUAUUGUGCAAGUGUUUGUCACAUGCGAAUUGCAUCAGUAUUGAAAAUAAAAAAACGGAAAUAAAAACCGAUGAACAGACCAGCAUACUGAAGGUCGGAUUGAUAGCAUUUCCCUGUGGAUAUUUUGUAUCAGAUUACCUCCGAUAUAGGGAUAAAAUCAUCAGGACAACAGGUCAAUCAGAUAGACAGACAGACGUACUGUAGAUAGAGCUAUCAACGAUGGUGGUCCCUGGCUCUCAACACAUAGAGGACAAGAUGUACCAUCCUCCGGAGGGUUUGCAGAAGGAUGCUCAUGUGCCUGACUUCAACUGUUAUCUGGAACUUUACAAGAAGUCUAUUGAGGAGCCGGACGCAUUCUGGAAAGAGGUCGCUAGUGAUUUCUAUUGGAAGAAACCUCCCACGGGUCAGAUCCUGCAGUAUAACUUCGACGUGACCAAAGGGAACAUCUAUGUGAAAUGCAUGGAGGGAGCCACAACUAACAUGUGUUACAACGUCCUGGACAGGAACGUGAAGGACAAGAACCUUGGUGAACGAGUGGCGUUCUACUGGGAGGGGAACUCACCUGAUCACCACGAGGCCAUCACCUACGGUCAGCUGCUUGGACAGGUGUGCAGGUGUUCCAACACUCUGAAGCAGAUGGGAGUGAGGAAGGGAGACAGGGUGGCCAUCUACCUCCCUAUGAUUCCAGAGCUGGUGUACACCAUGCUGGCCUGCACCAGGAUAGGAGCUGUCCACUCCAUCGUGUUUGCAGGCUUCUCCGCUGAGUCUCUGUGUGAGAGGAUCAUGGAUUCCCAGUGUAGUAUCCUGGUGACUGCAGAUGGUGUGUACAGAGGGGAGAAGUUGAUCAACCUGAAACAGAUAGCAGACGAGGCUCUGGAGAAAUGUAGGGAGAAAGCAUCCGCCACUGUUACACGAUGUUUAGUAGUGAAACACCAUGCACUGAGGACACAAGAUGGAGAUGUUGCCAACACAUUGCAGACCCCGUGGGAUGCUGCGUGUGAUGUGUGUUGGGAGGAGGUGAUGGGACAGGUCUCAGAGCACUGUGAACCUGAGUGGCUGGAUGCAGAGGAUCCUCUCUUUAUACUUUAUACCAGCGGAUCUACGGGCAAACCAAAGGGUGUCCUCCACACGGUAGCAGGCUACCUGCUCUACACCUCUCUGACCUUUAAGUAUGUGUUUGACCACCAGCCAGACGAUGUGUACUGGUGUACCGCAGAUAUAGGAUGGAUCACCGGGCACUCCUACAUCACCUAUGGACCCCUGGCCAACGGGGCUACCAGCGUACUGUUUGAGGGUAUUCCAGUCCAUCCUCACGUUGGGCGUUUCUGGGAGGUGAUUGAGAAGUACAGAGUGACCAAGUUCUACACAGCUCCCACAGCCAUACGCCUCCUGAUGAAGUACGGAUUAGAUCCAGUACAGAAGUACGACCUGUCAUCGCUGAGGAUUCUGGGUACUGUAGGUGAGCCCAUCAACCCGGAGGCGUGGCAUUGGUACCACGAGGUGAUUGGUCAGAAGAGAUGCCCUGUGGUGGACACCUUCUGGCAGACCGAGACGGGUGGCCAUGUUUUAACUCCUUUACCUGCCGCUACACCUCUGAAACCUGGAUCAGCUACGUUUCCUUUCUUUGGCGUGGAGCCUACCAUACUGAACGAGCAUGGAGAGGAACUGGAGGGAGAGGCAGAGGGCUAUCUGGUGUUCCGUCGGCCCUGGCCUGGUAUCAUGCGUACCUUGUACGGAAACCAGGAGCGAUUUGAGAACACUUACUUCAAGAAGUUCCCAGGUUUCUACGUGACCGGGGAUGGCUGCAGGAGGGAUAGAGAUGGAUACUACUGGAUCGCAGGCAGGAUAGAUGACAUGAUCAACGUAUCAGGUCACCUGUUGAGUACAGCGGAGGUAGAGGCAUCUCUAACAGACCACGGAGCGGUGGCCGAGGCUGCUGUGGUCAGCAGACCCCACGCGGUCAAGGGGGAGUGUCUCUACUGUUUCGUUACUCUGAAGGACUGCAGAGAGUUCAACCGCACUCUGGUGGACGAACUCAAGAGACAAGUGAGGGAGAAGAUUGGUCCGAUCGCCACCCCAGACUUCAUCCAGAAUGCUCCUGGACUUCCUAAAACACGAUCUGGUAAGAUCAUGAGGCGGGUCCUGAGGCAGAUCGCCCGGAACGAGAAGGAUCUAGGUGACCUUUCAACUAUGGCUGACCCCAAGGUCGUAGAGGUCCUGUUCAACCACCGCUGUGAAACGGCCUCUUGAGGGGGCUGCAUGUCAACACUACAGUAGCUUCCUCUCCUCGACACCUCAUCUCCUCUCUUUGUCUCCUCAUUUCCUCUAUAUCAUCCACACCGAUCUGAAAACUAUGGAAGCCCAUUCCUGCCACCAACUCUUAAAAAAAAAAAAAAUGUUUUUUAAAAAUAAUAGAACAUACAGGAUAUAUUUCUUAAUUUUUAGCAGUAUGUGCACAUUUAUUUCCAUCUGUCCACGUUGCAGGGUGGCCGGAAGAUGUGUGGCGAGCUGGCAUUUACCCCAACACUUUUUCAAUUCGGUUUAAUAAAAAAUAUUGACACAAAA